UUACUUCUCUCUUAUAUUGAUACUUCUUUCUUAAGUUAUAAAAUCAUUUGAAAUACGUUUUCACAACAAAAUUAUCCAAAUUUUCAUUUCACGUCAAACUUUUUUUUUUUUCAUCGAACACCAUUUUUAUUAAAUAAUUAGAAAGAUCAUUUCACGUAGAACUAGGAGAGACCAAACGAUUAGGAAGGCCCACCAAAAUUCCAAUAAUUUUAUUUUUGUCGUAAUCAUCAUUUUGGUCCCAAAGAGGAACACAAGAUAUUAUAAAGAACUCUGGUGGAUUUUUAUAAGGCUUCUCUCAUUAGUCAUUCCACACAUUAAGCUCUCUAUCUUUUGAUCUUGCCGACAAUGGCCUCCAUUAGUCUCCGUCGGAGAGACGCCGUGUUAUUGACGGCGAUGUUAGCGACUGAAACCGGAAACGUGGCGAUGAAUACUCUGUUUAAAGCAGCAGCUACUUCGAAAGGCCUUAAUUCUUAUACCUUCCUCAUCUACUCUUAUCUCAUUGGCUCUCUUGUUCUGCUUCCUUCUCACAUCUUCUCUUACAGGUCAAGAUCACUUCCUCCAUUAAGUUUUUCAAUACUCUGUAAAAUUGGAGUUCUUGGGCUGCUAGGGUAAAGCCAACUACACUUCUUGUUCUUCUUCAACUUUUGAAUAUCAACGUAUCUGAUCACAGGAUUCAUAGGCAUCGAAUACAGUAACCCAACUUUAGCUUCAGCCAUUAGCAAUAUCAAUCCUGCCAUUACCUUCAUCCUCGCCAUUAUCUUCAGAAUGGAGAAAGCAUCUUUCAAAGAAAAGAGUAGUAUAGCCAAAAUGGUUGGGACAAUAGUUUCACUAGUUGGCGCACUUGUGGUAGUUCUCUACCAUGGUCCACGAGUCUUCACCCCAUCUUCUCCGCCGUUUCAAGAACUCCAUCAGCUUCUUCCGCCGUUAUCAUCCUCAAACUCCGAUUGGAUCAUCGGUGGUUGUCUUUUAGCCAUCAAAGACACCCUCGUUCCUGUUGCUUUCAUUCUUCAAGCACACAUAAUGAAGAUAUACCCAGCACCAUUCACGGUCUCUUUCUUCUAUUUUCUGAUUGCUUCAAUCUUGACGUCAUUGAUCGGAAUCGUAGCAGAAGAGAACAAUCCGAGCAUAUGGAUCAUUCAUUUUGACAUUACAUUGGUUUGCAUAGUUGUCGGGGGAAUAUUUAAUCCAGGAUAUUACGCGAUUCAUCUAUGGGCAGUACGUAAUAAAGGACCUGUUUACUUAGCUAUAUUCAGACCUUUAUCGAUUUUAAUAGCAGUGAUAAUGGGAGCGAUUUUUCUUGGCGAUUUGUUUUACCUCGGAAGUUUGGUCGGAGGGAUUUUGAUAUCAUUAGGGUUUUACACUGUGAUGUGGGGAAAAGCAAAAGAAGAGAAGACUCAAUUGUUGUCGCUUUCAGAGGAAGCUCCUCUUCUAAUCAAAAACAUAGACGACCAAAUAUAGAUUUAAAAGAAUGUUUGGAAACGAUGAUUAUUAUGAUUAAUUAUCUCUUUGUAGAAUGUGUUUAUGUUGAUAGAGAUGAGAAGCACUCUAUGUAGUAACAAUAAAAUGGUACUAUAUAGCUUGUAACUGAACAAUAAUUUUUAUUACUCACACAUGUUACAAACAGAUGUAUGUUUAAAAAUAAUAAUGAACAUGUUCCAAUGCCA